AACUGAUUGUGGUGUUGCUAUUUGUGCAGAAGGGUCAUGAUUUCUGAAGUUGAGGGGGAGGGAAGGUUGAAUGGCAGCUGGGGAUGUUCUUAGAUGUGUGUUUAUUUGAAUAGCGGGAGCGGUUGGGGAGUUUGAGGCAAAUAAUUUGGGGUACUGAGAGGAGGAGCACAUGGGAUCAGCUUUGGUGGUGACAUGGGAGCAAGAUAAAUGUAAGAUUUAAAGCGAGUCGAGCCACAAUAACUACCACACCCUUAUCGAGAGGCAUGACUCCACACACACAAGCACAGGGUGGCUGUGCUGUGCUCUCCAGUAUGAUUCUGAAGGAUGGGCUGGACUGAGGACGAACAUUUGCAGGGAGUGGUAUUGACAUAAUCAGUGUUAGAUGCUGCAACGCUUAAUUCCAAAAUCAAUAUUAGGUACCUUUAUUGGGCCAGCAAAAGACAAUGAUCACAAAAUAGGUGCUAGCAUUCAAAUUUUCCAGAACUCUUAAUCAGUUUAGGUAUUAAACAAUACCGGGGUGGAGGUUUGCUAGUGGUAAAGCCAUCCAUGUCUGCUUGUGUUAGCUAAAAGAGUUAAAACACUGGGCUAAGGGAUUAGAUACACACAAGGAAAUUGUGCAUUUUAUGGGGUGCAGAGCCAGAGGUUAAGGGCCCAGGGGUGUGGGUUUAUUGGUUGCAGGCAAUAGGGAGAGGGGGCUAGAGGUUUAUGCAUUUUGAGGUUUGAAAGGAAUGUGAUUCAAUAUCACAGUCAUGUCUAAAAACAAAGGAGGUUGAGAAUGAGAGAUUUUUAGGUGAGUGGACCUCAUAGGAUGAAGAGAUAAAAUAGAUGGAGACUGUCAUCCAAAGUGAGGCUCCCUCAAGAGCUGUUCAGACUGGACUCGUGUUACAUCUAAACUGGGAGCAAAGCUGGUUGCGGGGGGAACUCACAAGUUGAGUGAAGAGGAAGCAGGCAUAGAACACAUUCUGCUUGUUAAUUCAAAAGACGGCCUUACCAUUUCCCCUCAGCAUUAACACACAAACACACGACCUGCUACCUAAGAAGAUGGAAGCAUGGGGGGAGGGGGGAGCCUUUCAAAAUCCAGGAUUUCUCUUGAUUUUGAUCUUGAAGAUCAGUUUAAAGCACGAGUUCCAACUGAUCUGUGUUAAAAGAUCUUGAGUAUAUGCCCUCCCUGGACCCAUAUCCUCAUCUAGUUUUCAAUGGUAGAGGCAUCUGAAAGCACCCCACAAGAACGGUUGAAUGAACUCUACUUCAGUUAGGAAGUGAAAUAGAAUGAGAACCUCUCUGUGUGAGUUAAAGUAAAUUGGAGUGGCAAGUUAUAAUUGUGCUUGGUGGCAUAUCUGAACUGACUAUGUGUUGAGCCCGAUUAAUAGGAAAAUGGGUGUAUUUUUGAAUUCCCCAGCAAGACCCAGCAUUAUUCUCCAGGAUGUAGCGUUCCAAAUGGACCCACUACAAUCCUUGCAGAAUGCAUCAAUGAAGCAUUUUGUAUACUCACAGCCUAGUAGACCCCGUGAUGUCAAAUAUGUGUUGCCCUGACAUCUCAAAUUUCAGGACAAACCAGAAAUAUCUAGUUAGGACCACAAUGCCCUGCUAUUUUUUAAUUUUUUUAUUUACUGAGGGAGUGGUCUUUUAGUUGGAUCUUAGCUGUAGUUACUGUAGAGGUGAGAUGGGGACAGAUUGUUGAAUGAGAGGAUGAACAUUGAGGGGAGAAGCAAAAACUGUGGGGGAUUAUUACAAACAUGCCCCACCUCCUAUACAGGAGGAGGGAACCUCUGAUGCAAAACUGUCACCCUCCCUUUGCACCAAUAAUCAUUGAGUAUGACUCACGCUUUGAGCCCAUGGCUGUGAUGGCAAAGAGGGUGGGGUGCAGAUAGCCAAUUAGGAAUGGGCAUGGGUUAGGCAGGGUGGGUUGAAUGGGGAGGGGCUGGUAAAGAGUCCGCUGGCCCUUUAAGAAGCUGUCCACUCCUACUCCCUAUUCCUCCAUUUUCCCACCAUCGUCGCAUCAUUCCUGCAGCAUCACAGUUUCUAGCUCCUUCCCUUUCUCCCUCCCCACAACCUAACCCUGAGAUGAGAACAGCAGCUGCUACGGAAUGACCAAGCUGUUAUGUACGCUGAACCAUCCGCCAUGAAUUUCCGGAACCACGGCUUCUUCCGCCGUUCUCCGCCUCCUUCUGUGGCCAAGCCUGCCCCUGCCGCUGGCAACACUCUGUCCGUCUUAGGAGGCAUCGCUCAGAUCUCCCCUUGCCUCUACCUCUCCUCUGGCAAUGCUGCGUCCAACAGGCACAUGGUCUACUCCAGGGCAGUGACUUGCGUCGUGAACGCCACCAUGGAAAUCCCCAACGCCAACUGGCCAGAUAUUGACUACGUCAAGGUGCCUGUCCCCGACCUCCCUCACGCUCCGCUGUCCUUGUACUUUGACUCUGUGGCCGACAGGAUACACCAGACGGGGAAGAAGAACGGAAGAACCCUUGUCCAUUGCGUGGCAGGGGUCAGUAGAUCUGCCUCCCUCUGCAUCGCCUACUUGAUGAAAUACCACCGGUUGAGUCUCUUGGAUGCCCACGAGUGGGUGAAGAGCAGGCGACCCGUCGUAAGGCCCAAUGUCGGCUUCUGGAGACAACUCAUUGAGUACGAACGCAAGCUGUUUGGCAAGAACACCGUCAAGAUGGUGCCCUCACCCAUUGGCUUGGUCCCAGAUAUCUACGAGAAAGAGACCCGGGGGCUGGUCCCCCUGUGGAACUUAAGAUAGACGCUGGGCAACUUUGGGAAUGUGGUUGGGUGACGUGGGCUGCUUGAAUUUAGGAUCAAAACGUUCCACCAUGUUCGGACCACUCCUAAGAACUUCCGGCAUGGUGGACUUUGGUAAGAAAAUGCUGUUACGGUAGUCUUUUUUUGUGAGACCUUGCAAUAUGAUUAGAUCAUGAAAAAGACCUUGAGUUGCUUGGCCAUUUCAGUGUGAUUGACUGGUUCCGCCAUGUCAAAUGUUACUAAGAACUUAUAUAGUUUUGCUUGUAUUAAGAGAAGAUGGUUAAUAGCAGAAUAUAGGCAGUAAAUAUAUUUAUCUAAAGCAGAGCUUCGAGAUCUGAAUAAAUUGACCCUCCCUUUGUGAGGAGGAAAGGGAGAAAAAUAA